AUGUCGUCCCGCGCCUCCGAAGCCACGGGGCUCCUUCAAACCGCAUCCCGCUACUAUGGCGCGUCGGCCUCCUGGCUCUUUUGGCUCCCGACCGCGCCGAGCCACCGCUUUUACCUCCUCGUGCUCAUCUGUCUCAUUCCGUUUGGCGGCCACUUCGUCAAGAAUGAAAUGUCGUCGCUCCAACAACUCAUGAUCGACGACAAGGAGUUCCCGAUCUCCAACACGAUCUACGGCGCGUUCAACUCAGCGGUCUCGGUUCCCAACAUGAUCAUCCCGUUUGUCGGCGGCCACCUCCUCGACUGCAAGGGCCACGUCACGAUCCUCUACUUCCUCAUCCUCAUGUGUUUGGGCCAAGCGCUCUUUGCGUACGCGAUGCAGCUGCACUCGAUCUGGCUCGCGAUGGCCGGCCGCAUCAUCUUUGGUCUCGGCGAGGGCAGCGUCGUUGUCGGCGGCCGCGCGAUCGUCGCGUACUGGUUUGACCGGUCCGAGCUCACGUUCGCCAUGGGCACGUCCGUUGGCAUCACCAACAUCUCCAAGAUGCUCGCCAAGGCCACGGUCGCCCCCGUCGCGCUCUACUUUGGCAGCUACCGCGACGUCAAGCACCAAGUGCGCGCGGGUGCGGAGCUCGUGUCGGUGGUGGCGCCGUCGCUCACGUGGCUGAGCUCGUACUGCUACGUGCGCCGCGCCAAGAAGGCCGAGGUCGUGCACGAGAAGCUCUCGUUCCUGGCGAUGGGGUCGUUCUCGCCGCUCUUUUGGCUCGUCGUCGCGCUCCACGUGACGUUCAUCAACGUGUUCCACCUCUUCCAGAACGUUUCGGCGAGCUACUUUACCCAAGUGCACGGCUACUCGAUCGUGAACGCGGGGUACGUGAGCAGCCUCGCGCACGUGUUUGUGAUCUUCGCGCCGCUCGUGGGCCUCGUCGUGGACUGCGUCGGCGGUCGCAUCCAGCUCAUUCUGUGCUCGUCGUGCCUGAGCAUCCUCGCGUACACCUUGCUUGUCUUUACCACCAUCAACCCGAUCGUGCCGAUGCUCAUGAUCUCGCUCUGCCUCUCGGUGACGCCCACGAUUCUCAUGGCCAGCAUCGCGCUCUCGAUCUCCAAGCAUCGGUUCGGCACCGCGUUCGGCAUCGUCGAGGUCGUCGACGCCCUCGGCGGCUUUGUCGGCAACCUCAGCAUCGGCUACAUCCUCGACACCUCGGGUGGCUACAAUGCGGUCAUGCAAGUGCUCUUGGGCCUUGCGAUCUUGACGCUCGUGCUGGCGCUCGCGCUUGCGCGCGAAGACGCCCGGACGGGCAACCACCUUGCAGCCGCCACGAUUGCCAACAAGAACGACGAUGUGGAGCUGCGGGAGGCCGACUAUAGCACCUCUGGUAGCGACGGCGGCUGCCCCGAAGGCGUAUAUGUCUAA